UCACACUUAAAUACACGCUCCCUUCUUAUCUUUCUCUCCUCAAAUUUUGUUGCCUUUCACUUCUUCGUCAACAAAAAACUCCACCACUAGAAUUCACUCAAACAACCUCUCUUCUCCUUUCUCUUUUUCGUCUUUUUUCGUCUUUUUUCUGUUCUUCAUCGAUCCCCAAAGAAAUUAAAGUGUAGCAAAAACAGCGAAGAUGAGGAUGAGCUGUAAUGGAUGUCGAGUCCUUCGUAAAGGUUGCAGCGAUAACUGUAGCAUCAGACCCUGCUUGCAGUGGAUCAAGAACCCAGAAUCCCAAGCCCAUGCUACUGUCUUCCUUGCCAAGUUCUAUGGCCGUGCUGGGCUCAUGAAUCUCAUUAAUGCCGGCCCUGAACACCUCCGUCCUGCGAUAUUCCGGUCUCUUCUCUACGAGGCUUGUGGGAGAAUAGUGAACCCAAUCUACGGUUCAGUUGGGUUACUCUGGUCUGGAAGCUGGCAACUUUGCCAAUCCGCGGUGGAAGCGGUUCUCAAGGGCUCUCCGAUCGUUCAAAUCUCAUCUGAAGCGGCUGUAAGCCCUUGCCCACCCAUGAAAGCGUACGAUAUACGUCACGUCUCCAAGGAAGAAACCUCUGCGGCCUCUCAAGAUCUUCACAAGGUCAAGACCCGGGGCCGGUUCAAGCGUUCUGCAAUCAAACCCAAGGCCAAAAUCGGUUCGGCCUCCGAGUUUAUCUCUGAACCAGCCGUCGCCGACCCGGCUGCCACUAUCACUGCUAAGUGGCAGAGAUGCUAUACUGACGAAGACUUCAACCGCUCGUCGAGCCACGACCACGAGUCGUCGGGGAGCCACAGCCACCAAACGGAGCUGAAUGGGGAAGGAGACCGAGACAGUAGAGAGACAGAGAGCAUGUUCUCCGUUGAGACGGUGGAGCCGUCUCUCAUGAGCCGAGCCGAGACUGCGAGAGCUGUGAAAUCCGAUAACGAUGAAAGCGAGGUGGAGUUGGAGCUGACCCUUGGCUUCGAGCCGGUUCACCGUUCCGAUACUAGCCUGGUGGGACCCAACAAGUUCAUCGGCUCUGAUGAUGAUAGUACAUAUAAGAUGGAACUGAGCUUAGAUUAUCAUGCAUGAGCCGCGAUGCAUUUCGCUUUUGCCUUUCGUGGAGAGAGACCAGUUUUGGCGGAUUUUUCUCGCAAAUUCCCAAUAGACUGAAAAGUUUUCCUUUUAUUUCUUUUGAAGUCUUUCUGUGUAUAAACGUAAAUUACAUACAUAGAGGGAUAGGUUAGAAGUUUAUACUUUUCUCUUUUUUUAAUUAUUAUACAAAACUGUUUCUUGAAUUCGGAUUUUGCAAUUAAAUGGAGUAGAAUUGUCGUUCA